ACUGAGUUUUGUAAUAAGGCUAUCCAUGAGGACUUUUCGCGAUAGGACUGACAGCUAAAAGUGUACAUGUAACCGAAACGGCAGGGUAAACAAAGCAUGAGAGUGUUGUCGGAGCUUUACAUUUUCCUUUGUAAUCGAACGGUCACUCCGAUCGCGAAACGUCAAAACCUCAUGAUAAACAAAAAACCAGCUGAUCGGAGCUGUCUCAUGGAUUGCCUUAUUAAAUUUUUACGAUUAUUUUCUUGAAGCUUGAGCUUGAAAGGAAUUUGGAAAGUUCCUAGGUCAUAAGAUGUCAAAAAGGAAGAAAGGCAUUUCAGCGGACGAGAAGAAGUCACUGAUACUCGAAAUAUUCCACCAAUCCAAAGAUUUUUACCAGCUCAAGGAUGUGGAAAAGAUUGCUGUCAAGGACAAAGGACUGAGAGAGCAAGUCGUGAAGGAAAUUCUCCAAAAUCUUGUCGACGAAGGCCAAGUGGAAACAGAUAAAAUUGGUUCGUCACAGUACUACUGGUCUUUUCCUGCCAAGAAGCGGAAACUUAAGCAGCAAGCAUUCGAACAAUUAAAACAAGAAGUGGAACAAUCGAACGACAAAAUCGCUGAACUGCAGAAGCGAAUAGGAACGAUUAAGGAAUCACAAGGAGAAUCUUCAAGAAGUUCAGAAAUAUUUGAAAAGCUAAAUACUCUCAAAGAAAAACAGAAACAACUCUCUUCGAAACUGGAUAAAGCAAAAUUGGAGCAAUCUGAUCAGAACUCUGUAGAAAAGAUGAACAGAAAUCUUCCGGACCUCCACGAUGCGGCCAACCGCUGGACGGACAACUUAUUCUCGAUAAAGUCGUGGUGCAAGAAUCGCUUCAACAUCCAGGAAAGUCUCAUCGACAAACAGUUUCAAAUCCCAUCGGAUCUUGACUAUCUAGAGUAGAGGAAAAUGGGAAACAAUAAUAAUGCACUAAACUUACCACUCAACGAGAA